CAUAACGUUCCAACUUAUUCAUGCACCAUUGUAACUUUUUUCUAGUUACAAUUUUGACUAUUUCCCAGUACAUUACACAUAUAUUCUUGUAAUUUUAUGACUUUAUUUAUUUUUCCCUCUUAAUAUUCUGAAUAUAUUCCAGAAAUGUUCCGACUUUUUCUCAAACGGUGACAACUUUAUCAUUGUAGAAAUGACCCCCUGCGCUGUGCGUGUGUGUGCGUGCGUGUGUGUGUGUGUGUGUGUGUUGUGGAGUACAAAGUGUUACAUUGGGAAACCUUGGAGUUAACCUUCUCGUUGGGGCUUUAAAACAACACUGACAGGAAACUGAACACGCACCUGUGGAAUGCCGGAGUUGGUCCAUCGCGUGGUUACGCCGUUUCUCUGACGACCGAUGGAUGAUGUCAUCAACCUCUACUUAAGAGUCAAAUGUAGGACUCAGACCCUCCAGACUCAAGUGUGAGCUGGCCGCCAUGGAGGCUUGAAAACCGUGCACUGCAGCACCACGUCGGACGCGUCUCCAACCCGUGGGCCAUGUCGGCCAUCUUGGCGUUGAUGAUGCUCGCUGUAGAGUUUGCUGACGGACGAAGAUUCGCGCUUCCGCCGAUGCCUGUCAAGGAUGGCUGUUUCACGGUGUUGCCAGAGAUUGAGCUGUUCCGUCUGGAGAGCGAGGCUGUGAUUUUGUCGUUUCCCGCGUUCCGGAGGGCCCUCAAAGUACGCGACAUCGUCCCGCCCGACGACGCCUACCGCGUCGCCAAGAACAACCGCACGAGCGUCAUCGACGGCGGCGAUGACAGCGAGGGCCGAGUCCAGCAGCGUGGCACGGACUUGUGGCUGCUUCCGGCUCGGCCCUCUGACUCGGGCGAGUACACCUGCACGUUCAGAAACGCGACAUUUUGCAUCCGCGGCAGCGUGACGCUGCAGGUGUACGCGUCGUCGUCCGCCGACAUGGACAAACUGUCGUACAAGUACAACGCCAUGCUGGGAGAAAACGUCACGCUCAGAUGUCCCGCCGGGAAUCACCUCUCCGAGACACGCAUCCAGUGGGUCAAGACCUCCAGUGGCGCAGUGGGCCUCCAGGCCCACAGGUGGUGCUCCUUCCGGCAGGUUGCGGGAAAACUGCAGAUCCCGUCGGCGAGGCUUUCAGACGCCGGACGUGACCAAAGUGCGACCUCUGAACCCGAGUUAACCAGGCCACCGCUGAUCAUCUCGCCGUUGAACGGAAGCGUCUUGGAGGCCUCGCACGGUUCUGGACUGGAAGUGACGUGCACGGUGCUGACGGAUUGCCACGUGACUCGCUCCACCGCGGUGUGGUGGUGGGUGGACGGCACCGACGUGGACGUGUCCCACCUGAAAGGGCGUGCCCUGCAGGCCACGAGGAAAGAAAGCCGCGUGGCGUCGGGCUGCCAGGUGGAGGUGAGGCUGGUCGUCAUGGCGAUGGCGGAGGCAGAGGAAGGGACGCAGCUAACGUGCGUGGCCCGAAACCAGGUCGCGAGACAGGAAGUGACCAUCACUCUCCACGUGGAAGACUCGACGUUGACGUGGCUCGUGACGGCGUGCGUGUCCAUUUCCUGUUUCCUGGCGGUGGUCUUCAUCUUCCUCUACGCGCUCGUCAUCAAGCCCAAGCAAAAGGAAAAGAGGAAGAAGAAAGCCGACUACUUCCUGGCACGACAGGACAGCGCCUUCUAAAGCAUGUUGCAGUACUUGUUUUGGUCAACAGGAGGCAGCCACACUGACUACUCUGUAGUGAUGCAAUUUUCCGCACGUUGUCAUUUGUAGCACACACAUUGACAUAUGAUUUGAGCUCAUUUUGUCAUAUUUUAAGGCUGAAUAAAACAAUUAUUGCACUGCACACCAACACAUGCAAUGUCAAAUGUACUUUUUCGGGAAACGAAAUGAGAAUUCAAAUGUAUGGCGGAUGUGUGCAAUAAAAGAAAAAGAACCCCCAAAGCUGCCGACCUAUAGAA